GCAACAUCGAAACCACUUCCAUAUGCACAACUUGCCCUGGCAACCUCAGAGUUCUACUGACACAGAGACAAUCGAACUAUAGUCCUUCAGCACACCGCUCAACAAGUAAAUCGAGGACCGGGCCAAAUAACACAAACAAUCCGCUCCGAGUUUUAAUCGGAGGGUUACAGGAUAGCAAAGGGGAACGCCAAGUGGAGUUUCCGGCCAGGCAGACACCAUCAUGGGUGCCGCCAAUGAAAACAUUCACAUGACCGACGGCAUCCGACGAGAGACCAUGAAGAAGGAGACCCUGGCCCGAGAACGGUCGCUAGCAGCACAAUCACCGUACAUGGCUCAGGUGGCCACCUAUCGUGCCCGCAACCCGCCGCUGGACCACAGCCGCCUGAUGCAGGACCCCAAGGUGCAGGACUGGGCCUCCAUCGCCGGCACGCGGCGCUCGCUGGCCACCAACGUGCCGGACGGCGGCCCGCGGGUCAACGUCAACCUCCUCAAGUACAAGCGUGACGCGGACUUCAUCUCCACCACCCCCUACGACGGCGGGCCGUCCUACAACGCGGAGACGUGCAUGCAGAACUGGGCGGAGGACCGCCGCGACAAGCACUACAAGUCGGGCUUCCACCCCAAGGAGCUGCGGCGCUCCACGCGCUACGACAGCGAGUACUCGGCCCGCUUCAAGCCUACCAGCGCCGACUACGUGGGCCGCCUCACACACACCUACAACACCACCAGCCGCUUCGAGGGGCUCACGCGCGUGGGCACCAACGGCAUCGCGGCGCCGGUGCUGCCCAAGCGCUCGGCGGACACGUCGGGCGAGCACGUGUUCUACGCCAAGGACGGGUACGGCCCCACGCCCUGGAUGGACCACACGGCUCCCACGGCGCGGGGGCGGUUCUGGGUGGGCACAGCGCCGCACGUGGCGCACGACACCAUCACGCACAGCACGCUGCGGUCCGAGCCGCUGGAGUUCCAGCAGCGCUGCCCCACUGAGGACGCUCGCUCCAAGAUCCUGAUGGGCAACAAGCCGCUGACGCACGAGAGCGACCGCACGCUGCGCAUCCGCGACGACCUGGUCGCUACCAACACCUUCACACGCACCUGGCGCACCAUGUACCAGUCUGACCACGUGGACUUCAGCCGCCGGCCCGCCACCGUGCGGUGAUGAGUAAUGAUGGGGCGAGGGGACGAGGGGACGGGCUAGGAUGGCUGUGUCGGCGUGUGGAGCGGCGGCAGCAGGGCAGACAACGACAAGGGCGGGGGCAUGGCAUUGGGGAGUCAGGGUGCCAUGCAAAAGUGCCAGCGCGUGACUUGUGGGCUGGGAAGAUAGGUUGUACGAGACCUUGUGGCGGCAGGAUGGGCGGCUGGCGCCGCAGAUGUGCGCGGCUGCAUACGUGAUUCAGCGGAGGGGGGCCUAAUGCGUUCGUUGCGGAAUGUGUGGGCGUACUCAGGGACGCACAAAGUGAGCGAGAGUCGGGUGGUCGUGCCAGGAGAUGUGCGGAGUGCCGUGGUACCGCGGAUGAGCUGGGUGGAAGGCCACAUGAACCCGUAGUGCGCAAAAGAGUAGAGGCAGGAUUGUACGCGGCAGCGUUGUGUUGUGAGACAGGCAGGUAUUUGUAGAUAGCUUGUAGGCAGUUGCGGGCUGAUCUGAUCAGGUGAAGCCAGGUUUGCAUGUACGGGGCGACGGGAUAAGAAUGCGGAUGUUACAGAGGGGACGGGAUUAGGGGUUACGUGGGCAUGGGGACCCCCAGCAAUUGAACUGAGCUGUCCAUAUGGCACUGACUUAUGCAACCGUGAUACCACUGACUUCUUUUGCCUUGGGCCAGAAUGGCUGACUACAGGGGCACCCCUGGCUGACUAGGACAUGGACUGACGGCGUCUUGACAACCGGCAAGUCUGUAACACCCAUGUACG